AUGGACGUGGUCAUGGACGUGGAGGACUUGGACGUGGACGUGGACGUGGACGUGGACAUGGACGUGGUCGUGGACGUGGACGUAGACGUGGACGUGGACCUGGACGUGGACUUGGACGUGGACGUGGACGUGGACAUGGACGUGGACGUGGACGUGGAUAUGGACGUGGACAUGGACGUGGACGUGGACGUGGACAUGGACGUGGACGUGGAAGUCGACAUGGACGUGGACGUGGAGGUGGACGUGGACUUGGACGUGGACGUGGACGUGGACAUGGACGUAGACGUGGACGUGGACGUGGAUGUGGACGUUGUCGUGGACGUGGACGUGGACGUGGACGUUGUCGUGGACGUGGACGUGGACGUGGUCGUGGACAUGGACGUGGACAUGGUCGUAGACGUGGACGUGGACGUGGAGGACUUGAACGUGGACUGGACGUGGACGUGGACGUGGACGUCGAUGUGGACAUGGACGUGGACGUGGACGUGGACGUGGACAUGGACGUGGACGUGGACGUGGACAUGGAUGUGGACGUGGACAUGGACGUGGACGUGGACGUGGACGUGGACGUGGACGUGGUUGUGGACGUGGACGUGGACGUGGACGUGGACGUGGACAUGGACGUGGACAUGGACGUGGACGUGGACGUGGUCGUGGACGUGGACGUGGACAUGGACGUGGACACGUGAACGUGGACGUGGACAUGGUCGUGGACGUGGAUGUGGAGGACUUGGACGUGGACAUGGACGUGGACGUGGACGUGGACGUGGACAUGGACGUGGACGUGGACGUGGACGUGGACGUCGAUAUGGACGUGGACAUGGACGUGGACGUGGACGUGGACGUGGACAUGGACGUGGACGUGGAAGUGGACGUGGACGUGGUCGUGGACGUCGACAUGGACGUGGACAUGGAGGUGGACGUGGACGUGGAAGACUUGAACGUGGACUGGACGUGGACGUGGACGUGGACGUGAACGUCGACGUGGACAUGGACCUGGACGUGGACGUGGACGUGAACAUGGACGUGGACAUGGACGUGGACGUGGACGUGGACGUGAACAUGGACGUGGACGUGGACGUGGACAUGAACGUGGACGUGGACAUGGACGUGGACAUGGACGUAGACGUGGACGUGGACAUGGAGGUGGACGUGGAGGUGGACAUGGACGUGGACGAGGACGUGGACAUGGACGUGGACGUGGACGUGGAUGUGGAUGUGGACGUGGAGAUGGACGUGGACGUGGACGUGGACAAGGACGUGGACGUGGACGUGGACGUCGACCUGGACGUGGACGUGGACAUGGACGUGGACGUGGACAGGGACGUGGACGUAGACAUGGACGUGGACGUGGACAGGGACGUGGACGUCGACAUGGACGUGGACGUGGACGUGGACGUGGACGUGGACGUGGACGUGGACGUGGACCUAGACCUGGACGUGGACGUGGACAUGGACGUGGACGUGGACGUGGACGUGGUCGUGGACGUGGACGUGGACAUGGACGUGGACGUGGACGUGGACGUGGACGUGGGCGUGGUUGUGGACGUGGACGUGGACGUGGACGUGGACGUGGACGUGGACGUGGACGUGGACGUGGACGUGGACGUGGACGUGGUCGUGGACGUGGACGUGGACGUGGACGUGGACAUAUAG